AUGGUGGGUAUGAGUGAACAAGGCCAGCUGCCAGCGUCCAUAGGCUCCCGCACAGUGCUUCUGGUCAGCCUCCACGGUUGCUCCUGCUGCUUCUGGCGAGCAGCCCAAGACGUGUGCUGCCUACCCGGCCUCCGUCGAGUAGCGCUUGGGCGAACGAUGCACUGUCCAACGCUGGGCCUCCCACGAGACAUGCAGGCUAAUGCACGCUGUCUGCCUCCAGGGACACUCCUCGACCAUCGUGUGGGCGAUAUGCACAGGAUAAUCCCUCCGUCUGACACCCGCCCAUAUUCACAUCUAGCCUUACCGUCCACCGUCGACGUGGCCGGCUCGCAUCAAAUCGACCCCCUAGAACUGCCAUUGCUGCCUCUCACAAAAGACAACGCAGCGCGGCAAAGCAUGGUCAACUUCAAUGGGCCCAUAGUUGCUUCUGCUCGCGAUCCUCGACGCCCAUGGCUCGCUAGUCUGCCUGUCUCCGCGCUAACGACAAUGUCAGCUAGUCCCCGCAUGCUCGGAUUGCCUGACGCUGGGCCAACUUCUGUGAGCCCUUCCAACCUCAUAGCAUUGCGUCCACAGGCUGCCUUCAUUGCAAGUCUCUCAGCGUCCGACUCACUCAGCGUAGUUGCUACUCACCCCCCGUGCAAGCAGCCCCCAUCAUGUCUUCACCAGAACGGAAGGCGUCAAUUUCAACGUGCGACCUGUGCCGCAGCCGCGCAGAUUAGCCGCGUUGACGGUUGUCAAAAGGCGCUAGGGGGGCACAGAACCUUACCGUCUGAUCCACGUACCUGCACAAUUCUGCGUUGUCAGAUGAUGAACAUGAGGAUGCAUCAACGGUCUGCACGAAGAAGCCUCAUAGCUUGGCCCCAUGCAGCAUUCAUCGACAUGCAAUCAACCGCUCACAUCCCAAGCAUCGACGUGCCCGGUAACGUUGUUUUGGCAUGCACCUCAAACUCUCACGACAUAAACUUUGCUAGGUGCUAA